GUCGACGAACGCCAGACGACAGAGAAGGUAGAAAACAAAACAAACCAAAAAUAAUCUUCUGUUUCGUAGUAUUCCAAUUCAACAGCUUAAUCUGUGAUGAAUGCCCGAGUGUCUGCAUCUGCUAUGCGAGAAGCUUUAACCAAGCCUUGGAUGGCACUGCAAAUCUUCCAAGGCAAUAACGCACUGUCAAGAGUCCCGGAGCACUACAAGAAGUUCUACUGGGAGUGGAAAGUGGCACCCAAGGCACCAGUCCACUACAUUCCGGAGGAGGGGAAUUUUAAGAAAUUGCCAAAUGGAGAAAUCCAGCCUGUUCAGAAUUUACCAUUGAAGUUAUUACAGCCCAAAGAAAUACAUGAAGGCAUCUGGGGAGGUGAAGCUAUUAUCAAAGGGUUUUAUAAGAGAAAGCCAUAUGUUCGCCGUAUGCCACACUAUUGGGUCCCGACUUUGAAGAAAACGGUUCUGUACUCGGAAAUAUUGGAUAGGUAUAUGAAUGUUACUGUCACAGAACGGACGCUCAAUCUUAUAGAUGAAAAUUAUGGCUUUGACAAUUACAUCUUAAAUACUCCACCAGCUGAUCUCAUGUCGGAAUUAGCAGUGAAGUUGCGGAGGGAAAUGCUGCUUAGCUUGGCUCAGGGGACACUGCAUCCAGACAACCCUGCAAAGAGGAAAGAGUUGCUGAAUAGAUUUGAGAAACAUAUCAUUCCGGUUGAAGAAGCUGAAUGGUAUGGACUGAACACGAAGGAAGCAGCAACAAAGCAAAAGUUGAUUGAGGAGAAGGCCAGUGCUCCCGUUCCACUGAAAGAGGCCUUCAGACAAGAGUUCAUUGAAUAUCUGAAGACGAACAAGGUGGAUAUGGAAGAAAUUAAAGGCGAGAUAACUGAGAGCACCUCUGGCAGUAAUUGGAUAUCUAGUCUCAAUCCAUUUGGUAAAAAGUGAAGAAUAGAAUUAUUGUCACUGUAUAGUUUAUCUGUCAAUUCCAUUUGAUCUUGUACAUAGAUAGAGGUCUUGAAAUAAAUGUUUGAUUUUUCCUA